AAAGAGAAGAUCCCAACCCAACCCUUGGCUCCAUAGUAAGGUUUUCUCUACAAUUUCUUUUCGCUGCUCCUUCCACAUUUUUUUUUUCUUUCCCCCCUUUUUUCUGUUCCUACCGCCGCUACAUAAUAUCUAUUCACUCCAUCUUCUUCUUCCCUCACUCAUUUCUCUUUCGCCAGAUUCGAUCUUGUUUCAUUUGCUUCGCGGAGCAAUCUGGAGAUUUAGUCUAGCAGGAAGCUGGUUUGGUGUUUCUUUCAUUUCACUUUAUAUGAAUACAUAGAAGUUUUGAAGGGUUUUAGGGAUUUGCAUCAUGUUAGGUUCUUUACCUAUAUUGCCUCUCCCUGCUCCUCCUGCUGAUGGAAACCUAGGUCCUCUCCCCGAGUCUCAAGUGACUGAGGAGAGGACAUCUAAUGAGGAGCAGAACAAAUCAAAUUCAGCCUCUGUUCCGGCCCCUGCUACAGUUGCCACCCACACCAGAACCAUUGGAAUUAUACAUCCGCCUCCAGACAUCAGGACCAUUGUUGAUAAAACCGCCCAGUUCGUGGCUAAAAAUGGCCCAGAAUUUGAAAAGAGGAUUAUUGCAAAUAACACAGGCAAUGUCAAGUUCAAUUUUUUGAACUCAUCAGAUCCCUAUCAUGCAUACUAUCAACAUAGGUUGUCUGAGUUUCGUGCUCAGAAUCAGUCUUCAGGGCUGCAACUUCCUUCCCAGCCUUCAGACUCUGCUCUUCCUGAAGCAGCUCUAUCUGCACCUGCUCCUGAUAGUAAUGGCGUAGUGGCAGCAGAAAAGCCUGAUGUUUCUGCCCAGUUUAAACCUGUAAGGAAAGUCCUUGAACCCCCUGAAGCUGAACAGUAUACAGUUAGGCUUCCUGAAGGAAUAACAGGGGAAGAGCUGGAUAUUAUAAAGCUUACAGCACAAUUUGUGGCUCGAAAUGGGAAAUCAUUUUUGACAGGGUUAACAAGUAGGGAAGUUAAUAACCCGCAGUUUCAUUUUCUGAAACCGACCCACAGCAUGUUUACAUUUUUCACUUCCCUUGCGGAUGCAUAUUCAAAGGUUUUGAUGCCACCAAAAGGUUUGACAGAGAAGCUGAAGAAGAGCGUGUCUGAUAUGACUACUGUACUUGAAAGGUGUGUGAAUAGGUUGGAAUGGGAGCGUUCGCAAGAGCAAGCUAGGCAAAAGGCUGAGGACGAGAUAGAACAGGAAAGAAUACAAAUGGCUAUGAUUGAUUGGCAUGAUUUUGUGGUGGUUGAAACAAUAGAUUUUGCUGAUGACGAGGAUGAAGAGUUACCUCCUCCAAUGACUAUUGAGGAGGUUAUAAGGAGAAGCAAGAUGACAGCCAUGGAAGAAGAUAUUGUUGAGCCUGGAAAGGAGGUUGAAAUGGAAAUGGAUGAGGAAGAGGCCCAGCUUGUUGAAGAGGGCAUGAGAGCUGCUAGUUUGGAAGACCGUGAUGAUGGGAAGCAAACUGAAGUCAGGGUUACUGAAGACCCUGAACCACCGAUGAGAAUUGUCAAGAACUGGAAGAGACCAGAGGAGAGGAUUAGUGCAGAAAAAGAUUCAACAAAGUAUGUUGUUUCUCCUAUCACUGGUGAGCUAAUUCCUAUAAGUGAAAUGUCGGAACAUAUGAGAAUUUCUCUCAUUGAUCCCAAGUACAAAGAACAAAAAGAAAGGAUGUUUGCCAAAAUUCGAGAGACAACUUUGGCUGCGGAUGAUGAAAUUUCAAGAAACAUUGUUGGACUUGCUCGGACCCGUCCUGAUAUAUUUGGUACUACAGAAGAAGAGGUUUCCAAUGCUGUCAAGGCAGAGAUUGAGAAGAUAAAUGACGAACAACCUAAGCAGGUUAUAUGGGAUGGUCACACUGGUAGCAUUGGGCGUACUGCAAACCAAGCCAUGUCACAGAAUAUUGGAAAUGAGGAUCAAAAUGAUGCUUCUAAUAAUGAAACUAAGAACCUUCUUGGUCCUGCUGCUCCUCCUCCAAGACCUGGGAUGCCUUCAGUUCGUCCUCUUCCACCACCACCUGGACUGGCACUGAACCUUCCCCGUGUUCCUGUCCAAUAUUCUGCUCCUCAUAGUGGUGGCAUUCCAAUUCAGCCACCUAGGCCACCAAUGCCCAUGAUGCCAUCUGUUCGGCCUGCUCCUCCUCCUCCAAUGCAGAUGACUUCUGGACAGCAGUCAGUUAUGGCUGGUCAACCACCUCCAAUGCCUCCAUCAAUUCCUAUGAAUAACCAAGGAAUUCACAUACCUCCGCCGCCAGGAUCUCAGUUCUCUCCUGUUCCAGUUCCUCGACCUUUUGUUCCUCUUCCUGUUCCACCAUCAGUUAUGCCUAUGAUGCAUCCACCGCCUUUGCCUCAAGGAGUGCCACCCCCACCCCCACCAGAGGAGGCUCCUCCCCCACUCCCUGAAGAACCAGAACCAAAGAGACAGAAACUUGAUGAUUCUGCUCUGAUCCCUGAAGAUCAAUUUCUGGCUCAACAUCCUGGACCUGUUCGCAUCAGUGUAUCUGUUCCUAAUGUUGACGAAGGAAAUCUCAAGGGACAAGUUCUGGAAAUUACAGUGCAAUCUUUGUCUGAAACUGUUGGUAGUCUGAAGGAAAAAAUUGCUGGGGAGAUCCAGCUCCCUGCUAAUAAGCAGAAAUUGAGUGGAAAGCCAGGUUUUCUCAAGGAUAAUAUGUCACUUGCCCAUUACAAUGUUGGUGGAGGUGAAACACUUACCCUCACCUUAAGGGAGCGUGGUGGUAGAAAGAGAUAAGCAUAUUGCUUGCAUUUCCAUUCGAGAAGGUUGUUGUAAUCUUUGCCUUAUUGUGAGGCAUAUGGAUUCUUAUAGUAUUGGUAGACUACAUGAUGUUAUUUCAUGAAUUAUAUGUUGAAUACUUUAGAUUUAUUGUAUUGUGAGACAUCUUGAAGUAUUUACUGCUGUCUUGAAGACUGAUGUUAAUUCUGGAAUACAGAUUUUGGCACCUUGGCGCUUCUCUCUUGAGGGAAAUGGGAAGUAGUGGAGUUCCUUUAUCUAAUCUGAUCAAUUCAAGUUAUUUGCAUCACUGAUUAUUGCUUUCUUUUGAAUUCCAGUUGAUUUAUUUCAAAGUUACUGAUUUGUUUUAUAAUUGAAGCUCCUUUGCUGUCAGGGACGGAUCAUUUACUUUUUAUUUUAUUUUAUUUUCUGUGUACUUAUAAUAAUCAAUGUGAAGUGAUGAUUUAGGGUUUUUUUCCCCUUCUCUUUCCUAGUGUUUAGGCUUUGUCUUAUAUUGGAUAUGUUCGUACAAGAAUUCAGUUGGACAGUUGGUUAGAAGGCGGAUUGUUGCUGCGCAUAUGUACCUUUAACCAGUGUAUCUUGUUUGGGUUUUAGUCAUGAGGUUGUUUUAUUUUGAUUUAUGUCCAUAACCUAGAUUAUUUUUGUUCGUGGCUGGGAUGGUUGUUGUUUUUGAUUUUGCUGUUUUGUCCCAACAGAAAUUCUACUUGGGCUUGUGGGAAGGGCUGUGCAGCUUAGCCUGAUGUGUUUUUGAAUGGGGACGAGGCAGAAUGGACCAGGUUUGGUAUUUUAGAGAAGGCACCGAUUCUCGUGUUCAUCCUUUUGGGGAUAUCUCAUGAAUCUUUCUGUUUAAGUUCAUUUGCCGCAGAUAUUAAGAUUAUUUGGUUAUGUUAAAUCCUAUUCUGCUAUAGUUGAUUCGACUUUUGAGCAUUUAUUUGAUUUGCGUCUUUGUUUCUAA